GGCGCGCGCCCCGGCGCCGACAUGCACAGCGCGCGGCUCGACGGCCUCCUGAGCCAGCUCCGCUGGGAAAUGCUGUGUAGCCGGAACACAGGCUCCUCCCCAUUGCCUGGCCCCCGGCAGCCGCCCCCCAAAGCGGAGCCGGGUGUGCAGACCAGCCACCCGCUUGGGGCCUCGGACGCCCUGGAGGACUCUGUCUGCUAUGCGGAGGAGGAGGAGGCAGCCUUGGUGACAGAAGACAGGCGCGCAGCCUUGGGGGGUCACGGGGAGCGCAGUCUGGACUGGGACUCGGGCUUCUCGGAGGAGUCGGGCAGCACAUGGCGAGAAGAGGAGUUGCCCGUACCCCCGCGCCCAGGGUGCCAGGGCCGCCCCCGUCAGGGCCAGCGGCUCUCAGUCGGUGGCCUCCCGCUGUCCAGCAUGGCAUCUGUACCCAGCGCCCCAUCUGCACACCGUCCACGGCCCAAGUCCACCCCGGACGCCUGCCUGGAGCACUGGCAGGGACUGGAAACGGACGACUGGACAGCAGCCCUGCUGAGCAGGGGUCGCAGCCGCCAGCCCCUGGUGCUGGGGGACAACUGCUUUGCUGACUUAGUGCACAACUGGAUGGAGCUGCCUGAGGCAGCAGGCGAGGGGGGCGAUGGAGGUGCACCCCGUGCUCGGCCUCGGCCCCCCCAGUUCUUGCUUGGCCUCUCUGAGCAGCUGCGGCGCCAGCUGGCCCGGGCUCGCCGAGCAGCCGUGGCGGGAAAGCGCCUCUCGUGCCCGCCUCGGCCGGACCCCGAACUGCCUGCCGACGUCUCGCGGUUUGCAGCCCUCAUGCACUGCCGCAGCCGCCAGCCCAUCAUCUGCAAUGAUGUCAGCUACCUCUGACCCCGCCUCCACCGGGACAAUAAAAGCCUUUUUCUA